AGAUGCUUCUUUCCAACUGAACUCGCUUUCGCUUGCUCUUCCAUCAGCAGUUGAGAUCCACGAAGCCUAGCAAGAAGACACAGUGGUAGUCUUUAGGGGUUUUCCAAUUAAUUUCUCUUUGAGUCUGAGUCUAAACCCCUAAAUGAAAUGAAAUGUCUUCUUCGUUAACUUGCACUAGGCUAACAAUACUCACAAUAACCGGAGUUACAAUCCAAAUCAUUGGCCUCUCACUCUUCGUUUAUGGCUUCUUUCCCGUCAAACCAGCCCUCUCCGGCGUCAGCGGCGCCGAGAGUUUCCGAGCUCCGACCUGUACUCCGGUUCACAAUCAGACUGACUCAGAUCUGCCUCCGCACAACCUCAAAUCGCUCUAUGAGGAACUAUCUGGAAUUGCUCCAUUUGACAGACUGGUUUUAAUGGUUAUUGAUGGUCUUCCAGCAGAAUUUGUGCUCGGUAAGGAUGAUAAGCCUCCGCCCAAGGCUUUGAUGGACGCUAUGCCGUACACUCAGUCGUUGCUAGCAAAUGGAAUGGCAAUUGGGUACCAUGCAAAGGCUGCACCUCCGACUGUUACAAUGCCUCGUUUGAAGGCUAUGGUUUCUGGUGCAAUUGGGGGAUUCUUGGAUGUGGCUUUCAAUUUUAACACGCAAGCUUUAUUAGAUGACAAUCUUCUUGGCCAGUUUUUAAAGAUUGGUUGGAAGAUGGUGAUGUUUGGUGAUGAAACAUGGCUUAAAUUGUUUCCAGGAUUAUUUACAAGGCAUGAUGGAGUUGGCAGUUUCUUUGUAAAAGAUACUGUACAAGUAGAUCAAAAUGUUUCUCGGCAUUUGGGGGAUGAGCUAAGCAGAGAUGACUGGGAUCUUAUGGUUCUACAUUAUCUAGGGCUGGAUCAUGUGGGACAUAUUGGUGGGCGUAACAGCAUCUUAACGGCCCCAAAACUUUUGGAGAUGGAUAAAGUGGUGAAUAUGAUUCAUACAAGUGUUAUUGCGGAUCAAGAGAAUGGCCAAGGACAGACCCUUUUGGUGGUUGUAAGUGACCAUGGCAUGACAUACAACGGUAAUCAUGGGGGCUCUUCAUUUGAAGAAACCGACUCCUUAGCUCUUUUUAUUGGCCUGAGAAAUGAUGUCUCUGAUUAUGCAUUGUACACUCUCAACACAGUUUACCAGGUUGACAUUGCACCUACAUUAGCCCUUCUAUUUGGUGUGCCAAUUCCUAAAAACAAUGUUGGUGUCCUUCUCUCGGGCACUUUUGGUUCAUUUACAGAUGAUCAACAACUGAAAGCAUUGGAGUUAAAUUCCUGGCAGUUACUCAGAUUACUGCAAGCACAAUUGCCUGGUUUAUCAUGUGAAAAUUCCCUAUGUGAUGGCUUUAGUGAUGAUCAAGGGUUUAGGAUAAAUAAGUGCAGUGGGAAUAUAGAGAAUACGAUUUGCUGCUUAUAUUUGAAAGCCACAAUGCUUCACAGUUCAUGGAGGUUGAAGGAUGUCUCCAGUAGGUCUUAUAGUAGGGAAGACUACAGUGGCAUUGUUGCAGCAUAUUAUGAGUUCCUGAAAACUGCAAGUGAGUGGUUAUCACGCAGAGUUACUGAUGUAUGUCUAUUCCUUUUUAAAGUUUCUGUGUUGAUUGAAAGUCUUUUCAAUGUGAAGAAACCUGUUAACCUUCUUGCUUUUGGAGUUGCAGCAAUGAUGCUGUCAUGUCUGAUAUUGUUGAGCCUUAUAUUUUCUUUCUACAAAGAAGUUUACAAUACAAAGAUGCAACAGUGUUUUGACUCAAAGUAUAGUAUGCACACUUGGAGUUUAGACGAGACUUUCGUCUUGGGAGUUAUCUUGAUACUUGUUGUAAGUAUGGGUUCAAGUUCCAUGGUAGAGGAAGAGCAAUAUAUUUGGCAUUUUGUGACUUCCACAUUAAAUAUGUUAUUACUCCGUAAAAUGACGCAGUCCCUCCUAGUGGAGGCAUCACGAAGUUUGUUUAGAUUGUACAAGGAAAAUAAGAAAAUUGCUUUUCAAAUGUGCUCCAUCUUUGUGCUUAUUAUUUCCGGAAGAACUUUGAGAGGCUGGCAUCAAGGAGGUGUGAAUUGGACUUACCUUCCUGACAUUUCAAAGUGGCUUGAGAAAGCUGGAAGCAACCAUGUAAAAUCCAUUCAGCUAGUCUCUGGCCUCCUGAUGAUCAGCUUGUGCUUGUUUGCUCUAUCUUUAUCAGGAUCAAGGAGAAAAAUUAGUCUGGUGGUUGGGUUUAGCUUUUUGAUGUUUGGGCUGUUGGUUUUGCAACAUAUCCAGAAAUAUCAAGACAACAUAUUUGCGUCAUCAAAUUAUAAUGCUACCUUAUUGGCACAAAUCAUCUUUGCAGGUCUGGGUAUUGCCACAAUUGGGACUUUCGUGGCCUAUCCAUGGCUAAUGCCUAUUUGUGUAUCUAAGAUUUACUCAAGUCAUCAUAGCUUCAUGUCAGGUUCUGUUCCCAUUGAAAUUCAAAACGAGUAUCCGCUUCUUGAAUUGAAAAAUUCUUUAUAUUUGAUUGGAUGGGCAUACCUGUUCUGUUGGUGUCUUCUUCAGUUACUACUACAACAACCAAUUAAUGCACUGCCUAUGUUAUUGCUUUUUGUGCAAAUCUUGGCAAGCUUAAUUUAUGCUUCUAAUGGCGGUGUACAUCAUAAGCAGUGGGUUGAGAUUGCUGCGUUGUACUAUUUGGGAAUGGCAGGCCAUUUUGCACUAGGGAACAGCAAUACUUUGGCUACCAUUGAUGUUGCUGGAGCUUUCAUUGGUAUGUCAAGUUACUCAACUCUACUUUCUGGCAUCUUAAUGUUCAUCAUCACCUAUGCAUCCCCCAGCUUUUUUCUUCUUAGCAUAGUGAUGUAUAUAUCAGUGGACACAAGCUAUCUUGUAAUUCCCCAGAAAGCAGAUUCAGAACAUCUUCUCAAGAAUAUGCUUGCAUUUCCUUGUCUGGUUCCACUGGGCGUGAAUUCCAUUAUCUUGACUGCAUACACCAUCGUACUGCUGUUGAUGAGGAAUCAUCUAUUUGUUUGGAGUGUCUUUUCUCCAAAGUACCUCUAUGUCUGUGCAACAACAUUAUGCGUCUAUAUAGGUGUGUCUUUUGUGGCUGCAACUGUGAUUUAUUCAUAUUUGGUGCUGGCCCUCCGGAAAAGGAUGCAGGGCUUCUCUAGUAUUGACACAAGAUAGAACUCACCAAGAAACCCAAUUUUGAUACUUAUAACCAAUGCACAACUAUUUCUUUUCGUUUUCUUUGUUUUGAUUCAUUGAAAAAAAAUUUAUUUGAACAGUGAAGCUAGUUGGAAUGAUAUUAUGAGGUAUUUAAGAAAUAUUACUAUGUUAUUUUAGUCA